AUGGCUUCCUCUCUGCCGACCAUCCCUCGGGUGACCUUCACCGUUAUCGAACCCAUCUCACUCGUGGCCGGCUUCCUCGGUGUCGUCAGCGACCCCGCCUGGUUCGUAGCAGAACAGGUCCCUCAGAAGUUGGUUCCUGCUGCCCCCGUCACCGAGAACAGCAUCGUUUUGGCAUGGCAGCUCGGCAAUCUUUACCUGCUCAUGGCCUUUUUGGGUCUCUUUGUGCUCAACUCGACCUCUGAGGUCAAGGUUGUCCGAAGCUACCUCUGGGCGCUCUGGCUUGGAGACAUUGGGCAUGUGGCAUUUAGUUGCUAUGGUCUAGGAAGUGAAAGAAUGACGAAUCCCUCGGCAUGGAACGCCAUGGCUUGGGGUAAUAUUGUCUUUACCUGA